AUGCUUUAUCGCUAUGGUAACAUCGAAUUUUGGAACCAUGCAAUUGUUAUCCUUCACGAAAAAUUGCGCUCAGAUCCUACACUUCGUCAUUAUUUUGAACGAAGAACCCCAAGUGAAGUUCAGUCUAUUAAUUUUGCAAUAUUAAAAGCAGGGCUGGGCUAUGCUGAUGAUAAUUAUGAAGAAGUCUUAAAAUAUGCUCACCAAGAUAGAGGAAUCACACAAGAUCAUAUGACAAGGUUUAUCACUUAUUUAAGGCAAACAUUAUAUGAGGUUGGAAUUGAGCCAGAAGACAUAAACAUUAUCAUUGGAAGAAUUUCCGAGUACACUCCAUAUAUAGUAUUCUUAAUUUAUUAUAUUAACUAAUACUAUCAAUGGUCGUUGUCAUGCCUGCUUUUGAAAAUAGUGAUAAUGUCUUAUAGACAAUCAAAGUAUUUAUGUAUUCUAGCUUAGAUGAGUAA